GUAAGCGCGCGCUUCACAAAGUCUUGGUAGCUUGAGGGGCUGGGUUUGCGUGCCCAAAGGCUAUGAAGUGCGGGAGGGUCAAGACAGAGUGAAAGGGAAAAAGCGUUGAGAGAGCAGGGCCUGCGGGGAGUGGAGAAAUUAAAUAAAACUGCGGGCCUUAAAUUAAGAGGCUAGGAUUUGGUGGGUGAGGCCUUGAGGGGCGUGGUCUGUGGGGCCAGGUCUUUUGACAGGUAGAGCCCCUUCCGAGUGGGCAGGACCAUCGCGGGGCGGGGACUGACUGGAAAUGUCAGUGGUCUCCCUUCUGCUGGGUAGCAUGGGCCAUCGCACUCUAGCCUCCUUCCCGGCCCUAUGGGCCUCCAUCCCCUGUCCACGCUCUGAGCUGCGCCUGGACCUGGUUCUGGCUUCUGGACAGUCUUUCCGGUGGAGGGAGCAAAGCCCUGCGCACUGGAGUGGCGUGCUGGCCGACCAGGUAUGGACCCUGACCCAGACUGAGGAGCAUCUUUACUGCACUGUGUACCGAGGGGACAAGGGCAGGGUUGGCAGGCCCACACUGGAAGAGUUAAAGGCCGUGCAACAGUACUUCCAGCUGGAUGUCAGCCUCGCUCCACUGUAUCACCAUUGGAGUUCCGUGGACCCCCACUUUAAAGAGGUGGCUCAGAAAUUCAAGGGUGUGCGACUCCUGCAACUGGACCCCAUCGAAUGCCUUUUCUCUUUCAUCUGUUCCUCCAACAACAACAUUGCUCGCAUCACUGGCAUAGUGGAACGGCUCUGCCAGACCUUUGGACCUCAGCUCAUCCAGCUUGAUGAUGUCACCUACCAUGGCUUCCCCAGCUUGCAGGCCCUGGCUGGGCCAGAGGUGGAAGCUCAGCUCAGGAAUCUGGGCCUGGGGUACCGUGCCCGCUUUGUGAGUGCCAGUGCCCGAGCCAUCCUGGAAGAACGGGGUGGACUUCCCUGGCUGCAGCAGCUGCGCAAGGCCCCCUAUGAGGAGGCUCACAAGGCCCUCUGCACCCUGCCUGGAGUAGGCACCAAGGUGGCUGACUGCAUCUGCCUAAUGGCACUAGACAAACCCCAGGCUGUGCCCGUGGAUGUCCAUGUGUGGCAGAUUGCCCAGCGUGACUACAGUUGGCACCCCACCACCAGCCAGGCCAAGGGCCCGAGCCCCCAGGCCAACAAGGAACUGGGUAACUUUUUCCGGAACCUGUGGGGACCUUAUGCUGGCUGGGCCCAAGCAGUGCUGUUCAGCGCUGACUUGCGCCAACUCCAGCGAGCUCAGGAGCCACCAGCAAAGCGCAGAAAAAGGUGCACAGGGCCGGAAGGCUAGGUGGGGGCACAGAGAAAGGGAUUCCCCAAACACCCCUCCCUACUGCUCCCUCCUACUCUCCCUCGUCCAGUCUCAUGUUGGAAACGGGACUUCCUACAGCUAUCUCAGGGG